AUGCAGGAAGUAGGAGAAAAUGAGACUGAAGUGACUGAAUUUAUCCUCAUUGGCUGGUCAGGGAGACCCAAGUCAAAGAUGGUUUUAAUACCCCUUUAUAUUGUUUCCUAUUUUGCAGCAAUGGCUGGAAAUGGCCUCAUUGUCAUUGUAGUAAUACGUGAUCCACGGCUGCACAAUCCCAUGUACUUUUUCCUAUGUAACCUCUCCUUUAUUGACCUUGGAUUCACAACUUCCAUAAUCCCUCAAUCUAUUGCUAAUUGUUUAGUGGAAAGGCCUGUGUUGUCUCUUGCUAGAUGUUUUACCCAAAUGUAUGCUAUUCUCUUGUUUGGGACAACGGAAUGCUUCUUUCUGGUUGUCAUGGCUUAUGACCGUCUCAUUGCCAUUUCCAGGCCACUGCAUUAUACAUUCAUCAUGAGCAGGACAAUUUGCAUCCUAUUGGCUGCUGUUUCAUGGCUGACAGCCUUUAUGCUUACAGUACUCCCUUGCCUUGCAAAGCCAGUGAGAUUUUGUGGAAACAAUGAAAUUGACCAUAUUGCAUGUGAAGUUAAAUCUAUCAUGAAACUCAUCUGUACUGAUACCACUUCAAGACAAAUAACCAUAUAUUCCAGUAGCACAUUAGCACUCAUUCUUCCCCUUGGCUUUAUCCUUUUUUCCUACAUGCGCAUUCUUCAAGCCAUCCUAAGAAUGCCCUCUGAAGGAGGCAGAAUGAAGGCUUUCUCCACAUGUGGGUCCCACCUCUCAGUAGUGACUAUAUAUUAUGGUAUUGCCAUAUUUACAUAUCUACUUCCUCCAAAUAAGAAGAUGCAUGAGAUUGAAAAAAUAAUUUCUCUCUUUAAUACUGUGCUAACCCCUGUGUUCAACCCCUUAGUUUAUACCCUCCGAAAUCAAGAGGUUCUGGGGGCACUGGGAAGAAUUCUAGUUAAGAACAAGCCUGGCAUACAAUAUUGA